AAUUUUCUCAGUCGCCAAAACAUUCAAUUCCCAAACCAAACAGAGCAGAAGAACAACAAGUUUUGAUUCUAAAAAAGGAAGCUUCCCAAGUAUGGAUCCGUCGGAGUAUUUUGCCGGCGGCAAUCCUUCCGAUCAACAGAACCAGAAGCGGCAGCUUCAGAUCUGUGGUCCUCGUCCUUCACCUCUUAGUGUUCACAAAGACUCUCACAAAAUCAAGAAACCUCCAAAACACCCUGCGCCGCCGCCAAAUCGUGACCAACCGCCGCCGUAUAUUCCUAGAGAGCCGGUGGUUAUCUACGCCGUAUCCCCCAAGGUUGUACACGCAACCGCGUCUGAGUUCAUGAACGUAGUCCAGCGACUCACAGGGAUCUCCUCUGGUGUUUUCCUCGAAUCUGGCGGCGGUGGAGAUGUUUCACCGGCGGCGAGGCUAGCGUCCACGGAAAAUGCUAGUCCAAGAGGAGGAAAAGAACCGGCUGCGAGAGAUGAGACGGUGGAAAUCAACACGGCUAUGGAAGAAGCAGCUGAAUUUGGUGGUUAUGCUCCGGGAAUACUCUCGCCAUCUCCGGCCUUGUUGCCAACAGCUUCUACCGGGAUAUUCUCUCCGAUGUAUCAUCAAGGUGGGAUGUUUUCGCCGGCUAUACCACUGGGAUUAUUCUCGCCGGCGGGAUUUAUGAGCCCGUUUCGAAGUCCUGGCUUUACUAGUUUGGUAGCUUCACCAACUUUUGCUGAUUUCUUUAGUCAUAUUUGGGAUCAAGAUUAGAUUUUUUUUUGGUGUUUUGCUCUGUAAUUUUUUUGUAUUAUGUAUUUUGACAUAUCCAAUGUAGUAGCCCAAAGGGUUUAAAAUGAGCUUCAUGUAUAAAAAGAUUAACUUUCAAAAAUUUCAGACAGAUUCCUAGAAUGUAAAACUUGUCUGCAAACUAAUAUAUACAGGAGUUACAAGAUUCUCCUGACCUAAGAUACUCUAAUAAGUUUUGUGUUUUG